GAGUGUUUCGCAGAUAAGUUGUCAGAUGGUGUGAUAUCGUUAUCGUUAUCAAGUGAUAAGUGAUACAUGAUAAGACAGUCAGUGAGUACUGUUCCUUGGCUCGACACGCAUCAUGCCGCUUUGAACUAUGGAGUUGGACCUGUUGAUCGUGACGUCAGUGCUGGGCGGCGUGUCGCUGCUGCUGUUGGUGCUGGUCGUUGUGCUGUUCCUGCAGCUCAGCUCUCUGAAGAGGCAGCUGCGACAGACUCCUUCUAUAAGAGUGCAGAAACUCAGGAUGGACGACAAGAACCACGCGUUCCAGAACCCAACGAUAUCGCCUGACGAGGAGCUGUCCCGGCGGGGGUACUCCAUGUACGUGCCCGACGACGCGGAGGGAGGCGCCGACAGGGGAACAGAGCGGCAGACGGGUGGGCAGUUCGUAGAGGAACUCUCUCGUGAGCUGGACCACCGGCAGCAGCGGCAGUCCACGGCGCCGCCGUUCCUGCUGCAGAGCAUCCAGGAGAACAAGAGGAAGAGCCUGUCCAACCCUGCGGCCAGGCAGAGCGAGACUAACCCCAACUUUAUCUACUGA